GUUUUGGUCUGUUUUUGUGUCGUAGCGGGACUGAAAACGCUGUUUUAAAGAGAAAAGUUAGCUUAGCAUCGGCCACACAAAAGCCCAGCCUCCUCUGAGCCUUGGUGGACGGCAGAAGUCUUAACUUUACUCCCUGAAACACAAUCAAAAUGUCCAUCCUAGGAUUAAAGAAGAAACAACCAAAAACAUUUAAAGUUAAAGUUAUCACCAUGGAUGCUGAAAUGGAGUUCAGCUGUGAGGUUAAAUGGAAAGGUAAAGACCUGUUUGACCUGGUGUGUCGGACUGUUGGUCUGAGGGAGACCUGGUUUUUUGGACUCAGGUACACAGUGAAGGACACUUACGCCUGGCUGAAGCUAGAGAAGCGGGUUCUGGACCAGGAGGUACCCAAGGACUCGCCCAUAACAUUUCAUUUUCUGGCUAAGUUCUUCCCUGAAAAAGUAGAAGAGGAACUGGUGCAAGAAAUUACUCAACACCUCUUUUUCUUACAGGUGAAAAAGCAGAUUUUAGAUGAAGAGAUAUUCUGCUCUCCUGAAGCCUCAGUUCUCUUGGCGUCGUAUGCCGUCCAGGCAAAGUAUGGGGACUAUGACCCAAACUUUCAUAAGCCGGGCUUCCUUGCACAAGACGAGCUGUUGCCAAAAAGGGUUCUGAUGCAGUACCAAAUGACAGCUGACAUGUGGGAGGAGAAGAUCACAGCUUGGUAUGCUGAACACAGAGGCAUCGCCAGGGACGAAGCUGAGAUGGAAUACUUAAAGAUUGCUCAGGACCUUGAAAUGUACGGCGUCAGCUACUUUGCCAUUACUCAAAAUAAAAGGGACACAGAGCUGUUGCUUGGCGUUGAUGCUCAGGGUCUUCAUAUCUACAAUCCCAACAAUAAACUCAACCCCAACAAGUCUUUCCCCUGGAGCGGGAUCCGUAACAUCUCCUACAGUGAGAAGGAGUUUACAAUCAAACCUCUGGACAAGAAGAAAGAUGUUUUUAAGUUUUACUCGUCUCAGUUGCGUGUCAACAAGCUGAUUUUGCAGCUCUGCAUCGGGAACCACGAUUUGUUCAUGAGGAGGAGAAAGGUGGACUCGAUUGAAGUGCAGCAGAUGAAGGCUCAGGCUAAAGAGGAGAAGGCCCGCAAGAAGAUGGAACGUCAGAUCCUGGCCCGGGAGAAGCAGAUGAGGGAGGAAGCAGAACGAGCAAAAGAAGAGAUGGAGCGAAGACUUUUCCAACUGCAGGACGAGGCUCGGCUUGCCAACGAGGCGCUGCUGCGAUCUGAGGAGACGGCAGACCUGCUGGCAGAGAAGGCCCAGAUAGCUGAAGAGGAAGCCAAGCUUUUGGCUCACAAGGCUGCAGAUGCUGAGCAGGAAAGACAGAGGUUAGAGGUCACAGCCAUGAAGACCAAGGAGGAGAAAAGGCUGAUGGAGCAGAAGAUGAGGGAGGCGGAGCAGCUGGCAGUAAAACUGGUGGAGCAGUCAGAGAGGAGGCUGAAGGAAGCUGAUCACCUGAAGCAGGACCUGACCGAAGCUAAAGAUGCCGAACGAAGAGCUAAACAGAAGCUGCUGGAGAUCACCAAGACAACAUACCCUCUCAUUGCAGCCUACUCUACCCCCCCUGCUCCUCCUGAACCGGCCGACUUGAGCUAUGAGUCAGCCUCUUCACGCCUCGACUUCAAGGACUCGGACAUGAAGAGGCUGUCUAUAGAGAUCGAGAGAGAGAGGCUGGAGUAUAUGGAGAAGAGCAAACACCUGCAGGAUCAGCUGAAGGAGCUGAAGUCUGAGAUCGAGUCCCUGAAACUGGAGGAGCAGCAGCAGCAGGCCAGCUUGUACGGCCUCCACGGUGAGGCCAGGGGAUACGUCCAAGAACAGCCUGUCUACUUACCUCACAGCAACCGAAACUCUGCGUACAUGUCUCAGAUGGCCUUGUUUGAAGAAGUGUGAUCUUGGUCUUCCCAAACGAACAUGAAGAGGACAUCUGAAGCUGCCAGUUAGCCCUCAACAUGUUUGGUUAAGUUUAUUUGACUGAAACUAGCAGCAUACAGAGGCAUGCUCUGACUGACUUCAGGUCUGUCCUAACAGACAGACAGACACCACCUGCUACACCGCUGCAGCUUGGCCCUUUCUGUUACAUGCAGAGAACAAUGUGUGACAUUUAUUUGCCACUGAUUCAAGACGCCUU